AAACUAACUAGAAAAUCAACUUUUCAAUUAACACAAGUGACAACAAGAUUCAUUCAAUUAAUAAAGACACUCAACAAACAACAACAAUUAAAGACAAUUAACUUCAAAAUUAAAGUUCAUUUAACUAAGUUAGUUUACUAAUCAUUACAAUGUUUACCUUAAUCAAGUUAAUUACAAUACAAAUCAUUUUGAUAACAAUUUACUCCUGUCAAGGAAUCACAGCUUCAUCAUUAAGUAAAUUGAAUAUUAAUCAACCCAAAGGUAAAUACAAAAUUGAAGCGACAAUCAUUAACAAGGUUAACAAUGAAACUUACAAAACAAUUGAAUUUCUUAAUUGUUUGGAUUCAAUGUCAUCUUAUGGUAAAAUAAUAAUUCAUCAAAACCAUCAAACAAUUAGUUUGUAUCACAAUCAAUUUGAUGAUAAUAAACGUUUAGUUUUAACCCAAUAUAAUUAUUGUUAUUAUAUGGACAGAAAGUUGGUCUCGUUAAUUGUUGAUGGUGGUAAUUUAUUAAAUUCAAUCUUAAUCACUGGACCUUCAAUAAUAUUGAGAUUAAAAGAUGAUUCAUUAAAUUGGACUUCAGGGAGCAAUAUAACAACAAUUAACAAGUGGACAAAAACUGAUGAAAAUAAACUUAAUAUAACAACAAUUUAUGGUAAAAAAUCACCGGCGGUUAAUCAACCUGAUUCUGAUUUUAUUGUUCCUCAUGAGAUUAUCUUAUCGGGAACAGUUGAUGGACCUGAAUAUGGAUUAACGGAUUUACCAAGUGAUGAGUUAAUUGUCAUCAAUUCAAUAUCGUUAACAAAAUUGAACCCGGAAAGUUAUCAUGAUAUUGAAUUUAAACCACCAAUUGGCUUGGGAUGUCCAUCGUUGGUUGAGGAGACUAAAUUGUUUCCACAAUUGUUUAAUUCUCAACAAUUAAGCUUCAAAUCAAUUGAAACAUCAUCUAAAUCAAGUGAGGAGCAAAAUAAAAUUAAUAUUGAGAUUUACGCUAAUUGGGAUAAAAUUAUCACGAUAAUUAAUCCAAUUAUCAAUGAUCAGAAUGUUAAUCACAAUCAGUCUACAUGUUCUGUGUCAACAAUUAACUCGGAUGAUUAUUUAAAUCAAGUUAAUCAACUAUUCUGGAUUAAAGAUGAUCUCAAGUAUAGAGGACAAUUCCCAUCGUUUCAGGGAGAAUUGGAAACUUGGGAAUCAACUAAUUACGAGGAAACAAUUAACGGAAUUAAAUAUGACAGAGUUAAUAUAAUUCAUAUGUUACAAAAGGUUAAUUCAACAAUCAACUUGACUAAUUACAUCCUAAUCAAUUCAACACGAACUAUUUAUAAUGAAGUUUACCUGGGUCAAUACGAUUUAAUUGAAUCACAAACUCGUCAGGUAUUAAAAUUUGAUACGAUUACAACAAUUAACCAAACAAUGGAACAAUUAACAGUUAAUUGUAAACACUGAGAUGAAAUUAAAAAAUUAAUCGAAAAAAAAUAAGUUAAAUCAAAUUAUCUCUCUAAUAUGAUUUAAUUGAUUUUCCUUGAUCAUCAUCGUUUCUUUUUGAUUCAAUUGAUUGUUUGGAUUAACUUUCAAUAUCCUUGAUAAGAUUGAA